AUGGUGUACAUUCGCCAGCAUCAACUACCCAAGCUGCGGGAAUACCGUUAUGCAGGAGUCGAUCUUUCGCUUGUUAGCCGCUAUGUCCUCAAGCCGUUCUAUAAUAACUUUGUGAUCAAGUUCUUCCCUAUGAGCAUGGCUCCUAAUGCCAUUACCCUGACUGGGUUCUUCUUUGUGGUAGUCAACUUCAUCACCAUUCUCUGGUACAACCCGACCCUAGACCAGGACUGCCCGCCCUGGGUCUAUGCCAGUUGCGCCAUCGGGUUGUUCCUUUACCAGACGUUUGACGGCGUAGACGGCAUCCAAGCGCGGAGAACCAAGCAAAGCGGUCCUCUGGGUGAGCUGUUUGAUCACAGUGUCGAUGCAUGCAACACGGCCUUGGGAGUUUUGAUCUUCGCGGCGGCUAUGAACCUCGGCCAAUCUUGGGCAACUGUGUUGACCCUUUUCGGAUCGACUAUGACCUUUUAUGUCCAGACCUGGGAUGAAUACUACACCCAGGUGUUGACUCUGGGAAUCAUCUCGGGUCCCGUCGAGGGUGUCCUCACUCUCUGCGUUGUGUUUGGCUUCACGGCCUACAUGGGCGGUGGCAGCUUCUGGCAUCGCUCCAUGCUGGAGACCGUUGGUGUUCCCAAGUUGGCCUUCAUCCCAGAGCAUAUCUACGACAUGGCCUUUACGCAGUGGUAUCUCGUCUACGGCGGAGUCCUCCUGUUCUUCGCCACCGCCUCUAGCAUCGUGCAUGUCAUGCAGGUGCGCCGCGAGCGUGGUCAGGAUCCGAUCAAGCCCCUGUAUGGCCUACUCCCCCUGGUCGCGGUGUGGACUCUUGUGCCGGCUUAUCUUUACCUGCAACCCACCAUCCUGGAGAACUACAUGGUCCCGUUCUGUCUGUACGUCGGCAUGAUCAAUGCGUACGCCGUGGGCAAGAUGAUCUGCGCGCACCUGGUCAAGGCCAGCUUCCCUUACUUCAACAUGCUCCUGAUCCCUCUUGCUUUGGCAGUGCUCGACAGCGCUGGUGCGUUCUUUGGUUACUGGCCGAGUCUGCUGGGUGACGGAGUGAGGCAGAUCGCUUUCGUUUGGGUGUGCCUGGGUCUGUCGAUCGGCGUUUACGGCAGCUUCGUGCACGACAUCAUCACGACGAUAUGCGACUAUAUUGACAUUUGGUGCUUGACGAUCAAGCACCCUCACGUGGAAGUGGUGACCGCCAAUGGAGAGGCGAAGAAGUCGAACUAA